GCUCGCUUGUCACGUGACGUUGCAACAACCGCGACUCCGAUUGACCAGCAGUCGCCAGAAAGCACGUUUGAGCGAUGCUGCUGCAACGUCCCUGAGGCACUCCAGGCAUUCCCUCCACCCGGGACAGGUUGCUCCCCCCCCCAAAAAAAAAAAAAAAAUGGAAGUGGAAUGUCUUGCUCUAAAGGAUCUCGCAAGUCCAAGGAAAAGUGAAUCAAAGGAAAAUCUAGACACAGUGUGGAGGAAAUCCACCCCGACGAAAUCUACAGAGCCGUGCGUACUUGCGAUGAAGCGGAAAGGCGGCACCCCAGACCCGGGUCACGCCACCCCGAUCAAACACCCCGCCGAUGCCGAGCCCUGGUCGCCCAUGGCCAACCUGAAGAUGCUGAUCCACGCCGCCAGUCCCGACAUCCGAAACCGAGAGAUCGGGAAAGCGCUCUUUCCGCCCGUAGAGAAUGAGUCAGGAAGUGCGGUCACCAUAGACAACGCAAAGUCAGGCGAAAACGCCUGUAAGUUUGAAGCAGUGGAGGAGGAAGACGUGGAGAAGAAGCAGAAGAGCUUGGGUCUGCUGUGCCAGAAUUUCCUGGCUUGCUACCCAGAUUAUGUGCCACCCAACAAGCAAAUCGGGAUCUCCCUGGAUGAGGGAUCGACCAGUUUCGGCCCCCGUCUGCACCCCCUCAAAAAAAUGGAAGUGGAAUGUCAUGCACGUAAGGAUUUUACAAGUCCAAGGAAAAGGGAACAAAAGGAGAAUAUAUUCACAGUGUGGAGAAAAUCCACCCCGACAAAAUCUACAGAGCCGUGCGUACCUGCGACGAAGCGGAAAGCCCGCACCCCAGACCCGGCUCACGUCACCCCGAUCAAACACCCCGCCGAGGCCGAGGCCGACCCCUGGUCGCCCACGGACAACCUGAAGAUGCUGAUCAAAGCCGCCAGUCCCGACAUCCGAAACCACGAGAUCAGAAAAGCGGUCUUUCGGCCCAUCGAGAACGAGUCGGGAAGUGCGCACGUUGCCGUAGAUGCCGUAAAGGCGGCCGAAAAUGCUCGUCAAUUUGAAGCGGCGGAGGAUGAGGAAGAUGGGGAGAAGAAGUGGAGCAGGAAGCGGAAGAGCUUGGGUCUGCUGUGCCAGAAAUUCCUGGCUCUCUACCCGGCCAAUCCACCGCCUGACAAGCAAAUCUGGAUCUCCUUGGAUGAGGUGUCGACCAGUCUAGGGGUGGGGCGGCGGCGAAUCUACGACAUCGUCAACGUGAUGGAGUCGCUCACGAUCACAGCCCGCAUGGCCAAGAACACGUACCUGUGGUACGGCCGCCAGCGCCUGAAGGCCACCCUGCAGGAACUGCAGCGGCUGGGUCACCAGCAGGGCUACCACAGGCACUUGGAGCUCACCGCCAGGGAGGGCGAGCCGAGCCAGGACGACGACGACCGUGCGCCCAGCAACAGGAAAGACAAAUCCCUACGCAUCAUGAGCCAAAAGUUUGUGAUGCUCUUCCUGGUGUCCAAGGACCAGAUCGUCACCUUGGAAGCGGCAGCGAGGGUUCUCAUCGAAAAGAGUCAUGGCUCGUCCAGUCUCAGCAAGUCUAAAACUAAGAUGCGACGCAUCUACGAUAUCACCAACGUGCUGACCAGCUUGGGCCUGAUAAAAAAAGUGCAUAUGCAGGAGGAGCGACGCAGGAGGCCGGCUUUUAAAUGGCUGGGACUGGCCAAUUUUCACAAUCCUGAGGAUCCUGUUGAACUCACCCUACCUGAAUCCCAGGACACCAGCAAGGCUAAAUUUUCAUACCGCACCUCUUUUAACAUCACCCCGACGCCUGUGGCCGUCCACAGGCAGGUCUGCUCGGCGCCAAGCAGCGACAUGCCUCGGGAGCAAGAAUGGACAUCUCGGCCUCUGGGUUUAUCCAGAAAUACUGGAGUCGGCCUGGCGGUCUGCGAGCAGCAGUUUGGAAGCCGCAAUGGAAACCUGCAGCCCACACUGCUGGUGCCCACCCUGCACACAGAACACGUCUUUGCGCUCUCCUCACCCCCCCCCUGCCUGACCUCCGUGCCCGGCCUGCCCCAGGGCUACGCGGUCACGCUGUACAAAUGGCCCAACGUGACAAGCGGGGCCGAGGGGGCCACGGACGUCCCCGCGACGGAGAAUCCGGCGGAGGGGAGGAAGAGACACAGUGAAUCGGUGGGAGGGGAGCAGGCGGUGGCGGUCAAGAGAAGUGCAUCUGGCUUUGAGCAAGGAGAUAAGAAAGCUCAAAGUGAAUCGAACGAGAGUGGCAGCGGCACCCAGACGUCACAUUACUUCUACGUAGCAAACAAUACAGGUCUGAAAGGCCUCAACUUCCUGGUCGCCUACGGACAGCCCCUGGCCCAUCUCCCCAGCGGCACCGUUACACAGCUGCCGCAGCCCUACGUCCUCGUGCCAUCCAGCGCCCCCUCCCACUACCAUUUGCGGGGCACCGACGCCCAGAUGGGCUUCAAUCAAACGGCCCCGCCGGAAGUUGGGCGGAUGUCGUCCGUUACUUCACCUCCCACGCUGGAACAGGACGGCCACGGCGCCUCGGGGGGGGCGCGCAUAGGGCAACCACUCCGCAACCACCGUCCAAAAGAGAUCCCGGCGCCCGCCUUCAGGGCUUUCUUCCAGACUCCGAGCAGCGUGCAGGGUGUCAACGUGGCACCCCCGGCCCGAAAGCGGGUCUCGGCGCAGAAGAGAUUGGAUGUCAGUCAGCCGUCCCCCUGUUAG